AUGAGUUCCAAGUCAAGAAUGCUGUUGCGCGGCGGUGUCCUGCUGAUCCACGACGCAAACAAUCACGUCGUGCCCACCCAAGCAGACCUGCUCGUAGAGGGCCAGCUCAUCUCCGGCAUCGCCGAGCACAUUGACGUGGAUUCAGAUAUCAAGGUCAUUGACUGCCGCGGCAAGAUUGUCAGCCCGGGCUUUAUCGAUACCCAUCGCCACCUCUGGCAGACGCAGUACAAGGGCAUGCAUGCCAACGAGACCCUCAUUGAAUACCUUCCCCGGGGCAAUGCCGGCUCGGUUCUCUGGUCCCCCGAGGAUCUCUUCUGGGGCCAGCUAUCGGGAGCGCUGGAGUCUAUUGAGGCCGGGACAACAACUCUGGUUGAUCAUUCUCACUGCAAUGUUACUCCAGAAUAUCCCCAAGCUGCAACUCAAGCUCUACUGUCUUCAGGGUUACGUGCAGUAUACUGCUACACUCCGCCCCAAAGACUCAAGUCCCGCGAACCGUGGAAGACCGAGGGCGCCGCUUCAGACGAGACAUUUGCCGACUACCAGGCGCUAGCCCGGGGCGGCCCGUACGGUCAUGGCCGAGUCCACAUUGGCUACGCCAACGACGACCUGUACUCGCCCGCCGAGGUGCUCAAGCCGCUGUACGCCAAGCUGCGGGACCCGGCGCAGGGAAAGGCCAAGAUCAUCACGACACACACCAUCGGCGGGCUGAUGGCAGGGGACGAAGACGCGCCCACGGCGGUCCAGAUCCUCGACUCGCACGGGCUGCUGGGCCCGGACGUGCUCCUGUCGCACGCCAACUGGCCGCACCAAGGCGACGGGGAGCGGUACCGGCGCUCCGGCGCCCGCGUCUCGAGCACGCCCAAUACCGAGCUGCAGAUGGGCCGCGUCGCCGUCGCUCUGCGCGACGAUCACUAUGCAAACGCCAGCAUCGGCGUCGACUGCCACAGCUGGGGCGUCGCGGGUAUCCCGGGACAGAUGCGCCUCCUCCUCCAAGCGGCGCGGGGCGAUCGCGGCGAGGAACUCACGCGCAAGGGCCUGUGGACGCGCAAGGUCGGAUUCUCGGCCGAACAGGUCUUUAACCUGGGUACACUGGGCGGGGCCAAGGCGUGUGGUCUCGAGGGCGAGAUUGGGACUCUCAAAGAAGGGUUCAAGGCCGACAUUGUGAUUUUCGACGGCGAGACUCCGAGUAUGCUCGCUGCGGCCGAGGAGGACCCGGUCGCUGCUAUUGUGAUUCACAGCAACCCGGGCGAUAUUGAUGCUGUCAUAAUUGAUGGCGUUGUGCGCAAGGAAGGGGGUAAGCUCGUCGACGUGGACGUGGUUGCGGCUCCGAAUGCAGCAAAGAGCCAAAUCAAGCCCGGGACAAGGAUCACAUGGAAGGAAGUGGCACGUAAUGUUCUGGGGAGCCGGAAGAAGCUUCUCGAGAGGGAGAAGGGCAUUGAUUUCAAGACGGCAGAGGACACGACUAUCGAUGGAUAUCAUAUGAACAGAAAAGCAUUGCUGGAAGAUCAGUAG